CCCUGGGGAGGAGCUGGGCCACUGUCCCAGGCUCUGCUUCCUGGCUGGCAGAGCAGCGGCUGCAGCUGGGCGGAGAAAGGCCCGCUGCGGCUGGGCUCUGUGCUGCCAGUAGGAGCCGCGUGUGUCUCUCCUGCCGGGGACCCCCUGCAACCCCCGGGCAUGGCGGUCAGCUCGGGCUAAGGGCCCGGGGAUGCCCCCUGCCUGGCCCCCUUGCCUCCAGAUUGGCAGGGGGGCCGGGCCGGGCAGCGGCCUCCCUCCCACGCCAGCCAUGGACCUGCUGCCCCCCAAGACCAAGUACAACCCGCUCAGGAAUGAGUCCCUAUCGUCGCUGGAGGAUGGGGCGUCGGGCUCCACCCCGCCCGAGGAGCCAGCGUCCCCGUCUGCCUCCUCGCUGGGGCCCAUGCUGCCACCCCUGCCCGCCGACAACAGCCCCACCACCCUGUGCUCCUUCUUCCCGAAGAUGAGCACCCUGAAGCUGGCCAACUCGGGCGGGGGGCGGCCCAGCCUCAGGGGGGACCCUGCCAGGGCCUCCGAGGCUGCGGAGGGGUUGGCCGGAGACUCAGCGCCCCCGCCCCUCCCGCAGGACAUGAACAAGCUGAGCGGAGGCGGAGGGCGCCGGACGCGGGUGGAGGGGGGCCAGCUGGGGGGCGAGGAGUGGACCCGCCACGGCAGCUUCGUCAACAAGCCCACGCGGGGCUGGCUGCACCCCAAUGACAAAGUCAUGGGGCCCGGUGUCUCCUACCUGGUCCGGUACAUGGGCUGCGUGGAGGUCCUGCAGUCCAUGCGUGCCCUGGACUUCAACACCCGGACUCAGGUCACCAGGGAGGCCAUCAGUCUGGUGUGUGAGGCUGUGCCAGGCGCUAAGGGGGCAACCAGAAGAAGAAAGCCCUGUAGCCGUCCACUGAGCUCCAUCCUGGGCAGGAGUAACCUGAAAUUCGCUGGUAUGCCCAUCACCCUCACUGUCUCCACCAGCAGCCUCAAUCUCAUGGCCGCAGACUGCAAGCAGAUCAUCGCCAACCACCACAUGCAAUCCAUCUCCUUUGCAUCUGGCGGGGACCCGGAUACAGCUGAGUAUGUUGCCUAUGUUGCCAAAGACCCAGUGAACCAGCGAGCCUGCCAUAUCCUGGAGUGUCCUGAAGGACUAGCUCAGGAUGUCAUCAGCACCAUCGGCCAGGCCUUUGAGCUGCGCUUCAAACAGUACCUCAGGAACCCACCCAAGCUGGUCACCCCCCACGACAGGAUGGCAGGCUUUGAUGGCUCAGCCUGGGACGAGGAGGAGGAGGAGGAGCCACCUGACCACCAAUAUUACAAUGACUUUCCUGGGAAGGACCCCCCUCUUGGGGGGAUGGUGGAUGUGAGGCUUCGGGAAGGGGUCCCCUCAGGGGCUUUUCGGCCCACUGUGCCCAGUACCCAGCCACCGAGCCACCUGGGAGCCACACUGCCUGUGGGGCAGCCUGUGGGGGGUGACCUGGAGGCCCGCAAGCAGGUGCCACCUCCACAGCCAUGUGCAGCAGGCAGAGAACUCUUUGAUGACCCCUCCUACGUCAAUGUCCAGAACCUGGACAAGGCCCGGCAAGUGGGGGGCGGGACUGGGCCCCCCAAUGCCAUCAUCAAUGGCAGUGCACCCCGAGAUCUCUUUGACAUGAAGCCCUUUGAAGAUGCCUUGCGGGUGCCUCCACCCCUACAGACUGCAGCUAUGGCUGAGCAGCUUCGAGGGGAGCCCUGGUUCCAUGGCAAGCUGAACCGGCGGGAAGCUGAGGCCCUGCUACAGGUCAAUGGGGACUUCUUGGUGCGGGAGAGCACCACCACGCCUGGCCAGUACGUGCUGACUGGCUUGCAGAGCGGGCAGCCCAAGCACCUGCUCCUGGUGGACCCCGAGGGAGUGGUCCGGACGAAGGAUCAUCGCUUUGACAGCGUUAGUCACCUCAUUAGCCAUCACAUGGACAAUCACCUGCCCAUCAUCUCUGCCGGCAGUGAAUUGUGCCUGCAACAGCCAGUGGAGCGCAAGCAGUGACCUCACCCUUGCCCUUCAACUCCUCCACUACUGGGUCUCAGGCCCCGCCCGGGGGCGUGUCCUUGGGCGGGGCCCCAGGAGAUGGGGCUGAGCAGACACUGGGGCUCAGCUUCCAGCUAAGAGUGUCUCAUCAGGAGCCUGGAACAGCAUCUGCUCCCCCUAUGCCUCACCAAAGUAUUACUGGAUGGUGGCCCCUUCCCUGGGCCUUUCCCGUGCCAACUAGACUGCAGGCCUAGGCAGUGUCUUGGAAUGGGGCAUCUCAUGUGAUAGAAUCUUAGGGGCAGUAACCCUCCCAGGUAGGGGUAAUGCAUCACACCUUUGUUCCACCUCUGGGCUCAGGGUGCCCCAGACCCCUCUCCACAGGCCCCCCCCCCCCGUGUUGAAACUUGUGCCUUUGACCAUAUCCUAGGUCUUUCCAAUAUUUUAUGCAAAGAGUAGGGGACAGGUGGCAUCUGGGACUGCUUCUUGUCCUUUUUCCCCCCCUCAGCACCCCCUUCCAUUUAGGUCGGGAGAUGUGAGGCAGGCACAGCAGCUGGCCUCUUCCAGGGGACCUACAGCCUUAACAUGGCCUCAGUCCCUCUCUUGCCUUCUUAGUGCCUCCUGGGACCCCCCCUCUCCGCUGGGGUCUGCAUCUGCCCUUAGGCCCCACCUAUGCCAUAUUGUAUGUCACUCUACAGCCAAAGCCUUCCAAACCCCACUGAUUCCCUCAGGUGGGUUUGGGGAAAGUGGGCACAGGGGCCUUGACACUCUUAAAGCAGUCGACAAUCCCACUACCACCACCUGCAGACGUUCACUUGUGUCUUCUUUUAUACGCAUCUAUUUUUAAGACUGCAGGCUGACUCUUGACUCUUGUUUUUCUAUGGUGUGUUCUUGAGCGCACAGGAUGAUAAUCAGUUCCACUUGUAAAUCACCUUCCCCCCCCCCCC